AUUCCCAGGAUGUUUGGAGGAGGUGGACAAACUAGGCAAACAUAUAUCCUCCCCCACAACUACAGCAUUCUGUUAUUUUUUCGUUCAUUUUUUUCUGAGAAUGUUCAUUUUUAAUCUAGCUGACCCAAUCCUUAUUAUGGAAGUAGAAUGGAGCACAUUUAAUCGUAUGAUUAAAACACAGAUUAACCUACUUAUUCUUUCUAGGUAGACAUUUCUAUAAUUACUUGAGAAGAACCUGUAGGUUAUUCUUUAUUCUAAUAAACGAAAUCACAAACAAAUGAGUCUACAUUUUCUAAAUCACUUUAAAUGCAAUUGCAAUUGAACUACUUAGUAAACUGGAGGAUAUGUUAUUUUGAAAGUUGUCGACCGGAUGUCGCCCAGCUGUAUUGUCGAUGAAGCUACGGGGAGACGGACGCUGCGGCGACAAUUAAGUAGGAAACUGAACGCGCAACACGGCACGGCUCGGCACUGCACGAAUAAAUCGCGGUCUGUCUGUUUGCCUGGACUUUAGCUAUAUCGGGUUGCACUGACGUACACGGGGAUAACGGCGGAGAGGGUGGAAAUUAUUAUGGCGACGUUGGGACAGGAGUCGGCUCUCUCCCAGCUCGGCUCUUCUCCGUCUAUCCAGAUUCACAUCGGCAGCGGCAACCUGCCGCCCAACCGGGGCUUGGAGCGGGCGUUGGAGGAGGGAGCCGCGAGCGGCGUCCUCAACCUCAGCUCCCGAAAACUGAAGGAGUUUCCCCGGACAGCCACCAACCACGACCUGACCGACACAGUGGAAGCAGACUUAUCAAAGAACAGACUGACUGACAUCCCCUCAGAGGUCUGCCUCCUUGUUGCCUUGGAGACACUAAACCUGUAUCACAACUGCAUCAGGACCAUUCCAGACAGCAUCAUCAGCCUACAGUCACUUACCUCCUUAAAUCUCAGUCGUAACCAGCUGGGUUCUCUGCCAGCCUGUUUGUGUGGUUUACCUCUGAGAGUUCUCAACGCCAGCAACAACAGGCUGGUUUGCCUGCCAGAGACCAUCGGACAGCUGCACAGACUCAUGGAGCUGGACAUCAGCUGCAAUGAGAUCACAGCUCUUCCUCGCUACAUCGGCAGACUCAAAGCUUUGCGUGAAUUAAAUGUACGCAGGAAUCUUCUCUGUGUCCUGCCAGAAGACCUUGCUGAACUUCCUCUGGUGAAGUUUGAUUUCUCCUGUAACAAGGUGUCAGCCAUCCCUGUGUGUUACAGGAAGAUGAAACAACUCCAAUCCCUCCAGUUAGAAAACAACCCGCUGCAAAGUCCACCUGCACAGAUCUGUAUAAAGGGCAAAGUUCAUAUAUUCAAGUAUUUGGGCCUUAAGGCAUGCCACAGUGAGAAGAUGCCUGACUCUCUCUUUCUGCCUGUUAUGGAGCAACUCAUCCUAUCACAACCCACCACUGGCAGUGUGGAGGACGUAGAGCAGCAGAGGAAGCAGGACAGUGACUCAGGAGUCGGCAGUGACAACGGAGACAAGAGACUGUCUGCUACUGAGCCGUUAGAUGAAGACAGCCUGAGUCUCAGUGUCCCGAUGAGCCACAUCACAGAGGAGGGAGGAAUCAGUAAAGAUGGCUCGAGUGAACACAUCAGCUCCCUGACAGACCCAAACUCUGACUCAGUCUGUCUAAUUGAGGAGAGCCCUACAGAAACCUCAAGGGACCAGUUCAGCUACAGAGAUUCUGCUCUCAGUACUCAAUUCAUCAACUACAUCAAGGGUCGGACAGCAGCACACUUGGCUGAACCCCUCAGGAUAGAGGAAGACUCACACUGGCCAACAGAACAAGUUGGGCAGGACAAUGAUAACAGCGCCACAACACCAAAGCAGCACAUGGAGGAGGGUGGCUAUGAGUUCCAGAAGAAGAGACAGAUGAUUCUAGAGAAGGCCAAGUUUGAGGCCCAGCUUGCGUGCCGGGAGUAUGAAUGGCAUAUAUCAAUCAAGCAAGAUGAUAGAUCUCCAGCAGGCAGUGUUUCAUCCUCCUCCACCUCGGUGUUUGGACUGAAGCCCCGUUCAGCCCCGCCUUCACUGCCCUGCUCGCCACCUCAAUCCUGUCUCGAUAACCCCCAUCUCACAGGCUUUGCCCCUCUAUAGAGGUACAUCUUGUAGCCAUGAAGAUGGAGGCAUGCCAAGCUGCGGUAGGUCCUGCCUCUUUUCACAGCACCAGAUGCUGCUAUAAUGUGUGUUUUUUGAACUUCACCAUAAAGGGUUUUAUGUUACCUUCCAAGCUAAACAAAGGUUGGGAUGUUUUAAACUCAGAAUUUAUGUCUCUAUUGUGUUCUGGACCAUCUGGAAGAAAAAUUGUCACAUAAAAUGAAGUUUCAAAUAGUUAAAUUAAAGAGAAUUUUUUAUUCCAUGUGUUUUAAAAAACAACUGGUAGGUUUUUUGUGUUAAUUCCAACCUCAAACAUUCAGUCUCAGUUUGGCUCUAAUAAAUAACCUAUUUUAAGAGAAAUGUUUAUUUUUUUCUUCUCUUUCAAUAUUCAAGUGAACAUUAACAGUUGCCAUGGAAAAAAUACUAGGUAUAUAUUGGAAGAAGAAGAAAAAAAACAAGACCAAACAAACAAAAACAUCCAAAAAGACGAUAUAACAAAAAACAAAAUCCCCAGCCCACCACCCCCAUACCUGCCUUUAUGUGAUAUUAGAGAGACAGAUGGAUACACCUUGUCUCCACCAUUGUAGGUAUCGAGAUGGAAAAGAAAUCAAUAAACGAAAAUAAUACAUAUACAAAAGGUAACCAAUCAUACAUCCACGCACAUCAGCCAGUGGAGCACCUACAAAGGAUUUUUUUUUUGUUUUGUUUUGUUUUUUUUUGUAGUCAGUUGGCUUCAGGCAAAUUGUUAUACCAGACUGGCAGAGAUGUAAGGGGAGUGUCUAAUGGAGGCCAUGGAUGGCACCAUAUUUGGUCCAUAAACUGGUCCAUAAAAGGUGGUACCUUUUUUUUAUUUUAUUUAUUUAUUUAUUUUAGGUUUGUAUAUAAUACACUAGAACUCUUUAUAUACUGUAGGUGCCAUAUAUUGAAAGAGUGUGAUGAACAAUGAGAAACAUUUAAUAGAUAAAUAAAAAGUUCACCAUCAAAGCACACCACAAAACCACAUAAAAGGGAAAUAUUUAAGAACAAUUAUAAAAAUGAUAUAUUAUAUUAUAAAAAAUCCUCAUUCAUGACCCCUAGUGAUAAACCGUUGGAAUAGAAUAUCCAAAAUGCUUCUCAUUUCUUGACCAUUUUGACAUUUUGACUAUCACUUCUAUUCCUAUAGAACAUAAAGAAAAGUAGUUAUGUUGCUUCUCAUUAAAGCAUCUUGCAACAGAACUGGUUACACUUAAAUCAAUUAUGACUGUACAUUUGUAUUAACGCUUUCACAUAAAAGAUAUUUCAUAGAAAUUAAAAUGAUCUUUCAAACUGGUGGAAAUACAUUUUGAUAAAAUGAAAGAUUCUUUGUUUGGGUACAAAGAUACAAGUAGUAGUUCUUAAUAUUUGUAUAUUGGCCACUUUUCUUUUUCAUUCCUGUGGCUCGGGGGUAGAGCCAGCAUCUUGUUAUCAGAAAGUUUCUGGUUCAAUUCCCCUAGCCCUCCCAUGCUGUUUGGAUCAAAUCUGACUGAUUUACAACUUCUAGGCCAUAUGAUAUCCUCCACACUAGGCAUUUGAACACAUGGACACAUGUCAAAAUUGACUGCAUUGGAAAUUAAUGGGUAAUACUAGAUUAUGUUAAUUAAUUAUAAAACAUCCCCAUGCACACCCACACAUCCACAACCACAAACACCCUCCCACCCACAUACACUCACAUAUAUUCCCCCAUGUGAACCACACAUUUCAGACUGAAGAAUUUGGUGUCAUCUAUGGGAGCCUGUCUCUUUCUCACGCUUAUGUGCCCACCUGGGAGCCACACACAAUCUCCAGACCUAACAAUGUAUCAUACCUAUUCAAUUCCCCAUAUAUAAAGAUUUACAAAUUUCAAACUAAACAAUUACCGGUGUCUUUCCUGUGCUUAUGUGCCCAUCCCUCCACGUGAACCACACUUUACAGAAUAAACAAUGUAUCAUAUCUUCUCACAGGGGACGGGGGCACUCUAUCUAAACCUUUUUUUUUGUGCCUUGCUCUCAUUUCACUCUGUGACCAUAAUGAGAAGGCACUUUACAGUCAGACAGGCUUUGGACCAAAUUUUUGCAUCAGAUGGAGAGGAGAUUGAAGCUGAACUGGAGAUAGAGGAGGAUGUGUCAGAACUGGAAGACAACAUCGAUCCUGAUUUUGAUCCUUUAUAAGACUGGCCAGUCAACAGAUGAAGAUGCUACAGAGGAAGAGGCACAUGGAGAAGAGGCACGAGAAGGUGUUGUGGAAAUUCUCCUACAUGAGGUAGAGAGUUGCUAAGUCUCUGAAGAACUUCAGACUUCAGCGUAUGAAUCAGGGCCCGUAUUCACAAAGACUUUUAUCUUAACAUUAGGAGUACUCCUAAAUCGAACUAAAAUGGAAACAACAAAGAAAAGGACAAGAAAGCCCAAUUGGUUACAGGACCAGUUGUUGCUCCUAGCCCAGUUGGUGCUUGAAAGAAGACACACAAUCAAAGUUAAAUUUUGCUCUGGGGUAACGAGCAAAGCAAAGCAUGAUGCAUGGGAAAGCAUCAGCUUUAACAUCAAUGCUGCAUUCCCACCUGUAUCAUGAUCAGCCAACAACUGCGAGAAACGGUGGUAUUCGCUGCAAAAAAAAUGGCGGAAGGGAGAUUGCAGCCUACAAACGAGCCAUCGAGAAAACAGGUAACAUUGCUAAUUUACAAUACAGUUUACAAAAGCCAAAUACAAAUUAAUCUUUAAGUUCACAGUUUUGAUAGACUGUUUUAUCCAAAGUGCUAUAUUGACAUGAAGAUGUUUAAAUGUAAGAUAUCAUAAGUUUUACAUAUCACUGAAAUAUUAUAUGCACAGGAGCAGGUUCAGCACCAAAGCCUGUGUCCCCAGUUGCAUCAGUGGUGUACAGCGUGCUGGGGUCUGACACAAGUAUAACUGGUGUUGAGGGUGCAGCUGACCCAGCUAUGCUGUUAUUGUGAGAUAGAGUGGUAAGCAUUAUGCAAUAGUCAGACACUAAAAUAUAUGCUUAAUGAUAUUUAAUGAAAGAGGAAAUAAUACCCAGCUCCCAAAAACGUGUUCACAAGUAAAGAUCCUAAUUACAAUAUCUCUGCCCUAAAGGGAGGAUCAACACCCAGAAUCUGCAGCCCCCCCCUCCUCUCCGAGCCAUCCCUCUUCCUCUCCCAACCACCCCUCUUCCUCUCCCAGCCUCUCCUACAUCCUCCUCUUCCAUGUUCUCCUCUUCCACCUCCACGUGCUCUUCCUCUUCCUGCAGCUCCUCUUCCAGCGGCAGCACCUCCCUCCACUGUCUAUGGGCCUCUGUCACCGUCUGCCUCCCCUCUCAUUUCUGCCGCAGGUGCUGCUACCUCAACCCUGAUGGAGAAAAAACUAAGCUUGAAAUGUGUGUGCUUAGAUAGCAAAAGAAAGUUUUGAAAGAGAAGCUCAUGAAAUUAAAGAGUGAAUAUUACAGUUUAUUAAUAGAGAAAAUGAAACAUGAAUAAAUGGCUUUGCAUUAAAUGUGGUUUGCUGUAUUUCAUAUUUUUUUCUUACCAUUGUGUAUUCACAAAGUGAUCCCGGUAUGCCUGGCCACUGACAAUAUGUUCGUUCCACUUCAUCCAAGUGGAACGAACAUAUUGUCAUUAUCAUCAUCACCAUCAUCAUCAUCAUCACUAUCACCCUCUGGCUGUGGGAUAUUCCUUUGUUGGCAAAGGUUGUGAGGAAUACCACACACAGUGAUAACUCUGCUGGCUCUCUCUGGGCUUAGUCUGAUUUCACGUUAUUGACGUUAUUGUGUCCCUCACCAACUCAACCACAACUUCAAUCCCUUCGCGGGUCAUCCGAUAUUGUUUUAAUAAUUCCCUGUCAUUUAGCGUCUCCAAAACAUUUGGUCGUGGAUUGACUGCAGCCAUUUUGUGACUUAUUGUGACUAGGUCUUAGCAAGUUAGGAGUCCUCUGGACUACUAAGGUCUCCCAGACUUAGGUGCUACUUUUAGGCCGAAAAUGUUUUGUGAAUAACUCUUAUUUUAAAAAAUUAGCAGUCCUAAAGUUAUGACUGACACGCCCAUUAUUUUUAGGAGUUGCUCCUAAAUUUGCCUGUUAGGAGCUACUUUUAGCCUUAAGAUUAUUUGUGAAUACAGGCCCAGAUCUAUCCGUCCUGACUGAACAAGAUGGUGCAACACAUUCUUGAUUUCCAAAGGAGCUGUACCCUCCAGAAUUGCAUGCACAAUGUCCAGAGGAGUUUGUUGUACAAUGUCAAAGGCAGGGAAUUCAACUAAGUUGCUCCUUCGAUUAAUCCCGUAUGUUGUUCUGAAGCAGUUGCGAAGGAAAUCUGUAUCUGCCUUUUCUAUUUCAUCAGUCUGUCGGAUAUCCCUCUUCAAGGCUCUUUUAGUAAAGUCAUCCUCGUGUGACUGCAUGUCCUCAAAAGAACACCCACAGUGUCUGCAUUUACUGUAGGCAAAGCCAGCACCGUCAUUGAACCCCGCCAGUUCUGUGCCAGAGUAUCACCACAGACAGCGGCCAUGGUACCAUAAAUAGUUUUCUGUCCAUUAAUUGUUUGCAUUUUAACACCGUUGUACAAUGCAUCCAUGUCUUCGUUUUUUUAAUUAAUUAAUUAAUUUUUUUGGCCGUUUCUGGCUUUAUUGAUAGUACAGCUUGAAGCGUGUGACAGGAAACAGGGUAAGAGCGGGGGAGUGACAAGCAGCAGAGGGACCUGGGCUGGGAGUUGAACCCGGGUAUGCUACAGAGCCUCGGCACAUGGGUCGCGCAACCCCACACAAGCUGAGCGGCAUCAAACACAUCCAUUACUUCUUUUUGAAGGUGUCCUAAUGUUUUUUUUUCCGAAUGCUUCUUUAGCAUCUGCUCUAUCUGGCUCCUGAGGUUGCUCACCAGUGAUGAUUGGUAUUGCUGUACUCCAGCAACAAUGUCAUUCAUGCCUGUCUGAAAAUGAGAAGAGUAACACAACUUCAUGAUACUUGUAACAUACAGUUUUUCUUAUGACAUGGACAUUUUCACAGGUGGAUGACUGUAGUAAUGUAAGGGUAGGGGUGUCCCGAUCCGAUAUUGAUAUUGGAUAUCCAGACCUGCAAACGUGUCUCUUUUCAGCGAUAA